GCGCCUGACCUUUACCCCGACGCCGCCCCGCCCCGCCUUCCGCUCGGCCCAAGAUGGCGGCGCCCGUCUGCGGUCUGUGGCUCCGGCCGCUGGUGCUGGCCUGGAAGCGGGAGCUGCCGUGCGUCUGGCGCGCCCUGCACACCUCCGCGGCCUGCGCCAAGAACCGGGCGGCCCGAGUCCGAGUGGGCAAGGGGGACAAGCCAGUGACCUACGAGGAGGCGCACGCGCCGCACCACAUCGCCCAUCGCAAGGGCUGGCUGUCGCUGCACACAGGUAACCUGGAUGGGGAGGACCAUGCUGCAGAGAGAGUAGUGGAAGAUGUUUUCCUUCGUAAAUUUAUGCUGGGCACCUUCCCAGGCUGCCUGGCCGACCAGCUGGUUCUAAAGCGCCGGGCUAACCAGGUGGAGAUCUGUGCCCUGGUCCUGAGGCAGCUACCUGCACAUAAGUUCUACUUCCUUGUGGGCUACAGUGAGACUCUGCUGUCCCACUUUUACAAGUGUCCUGUGCAUCUGCACCUCCAAACUGUGCCCUCCAAGGUUGUGUAUAAGUAUAUCUAGGACAACCAACCUGUUUGCAUCAAACUGUAGCCUGCAAAGGACAGAAACUUGUGGAAAAGGACUGAAGUAGAAUCAGGGGAAAUACAUCCCCUCAGACUAUUGAGGCUUUGCCUUCAAAGUUGGCUGUUGAAUAAAUAGACUCUCCAUGUUGUCU